UGUUGAUCUCUAGUACGCUUGAGCGACAAAUGGAAAUGAAAAUCCAUAUUCAUUGAGAUUAGCACCGCAGAUUAAGUAUAAUUAAUUCCCAGGACGAGAGGAUGACGAUGAGGCGAUCAUUUGUUUCCGCUUCGCACUGACCAAAGAUCCUCAUACUCACAUAGAGCGAACACUAUCACAUAUGUCAUAUGUUUGAGACGUCGGUCUCGGUGGAUGCAGUGCAAGAGGAAAUGCAACUUUUCACUACCGGAGCCGCGUACGCGUGCCCCGCCGCAGCUUGCGUGUACGUAUUAGUAUUGAAUUGAAAAGCAAACGUUUUUCUUCAUGACCACCCGAUCGCAGAGACAUUUCUUCCUUUCGCUAUCACAUUGACAUCUGACCAGUCCAUUUCCAUGUAUAAUUUGUUUACCUUUAUUCAUAAACAUAAACCUUUCUCUUGAACCAUUGAUUUACCUCCACAAUUGACAACUUUCUUACCGGUGAGCAGCGCUGGUGCGUAGCGCUUUUCAGUACUACCUCGAUUUUUAUCUGAUUUGUUUCCUUCAUCCGGGAAUAAAGAAGUCGAGGAAUACGGCAUAAAAUUAAGACGCAUUGCACUGACCAUGGUGGAAAUUCGUACGCAUCCGCUGACCUUGUUGAGCGACCUCGGUUUUCCGUCUGCCGACAUUCCGAAUGACUCCAUCAUCGGGCAUGGGCCGGAAGGCGUUCACGCCAUCCGGCAGUCGCAGGAGCGCGCUGCGGCGGCGGCAGGACUCGACGGCAGAUUUUCCUCCGACUUGCCGAAUGAUCCCAUCGCGGAACAGUUGAUCAUGGGCUCCAGCGGACAGAAGUACAACAAAAUCGUGAAGCCGGGUGAUUGUAUCUUGGUGGACAUCGUGCUGGACGAGCGGUCUCGAUUGCCGUCGAAGCCCAUGGAGGCCUGGACCUCUUAUCGAAAUGAAAAAUCCCCCCACUUCCUCUACGUACUAGUAGUGAGUCAACAUCAACAAAUGAAGAUCUCCUGUGAUACGGGCUUUCUUCGUGUAGCUGUAGUACACACUAACUGCAAAGCAGUUUUGUCUUUCGCUCGGAUGUUGAAACUUGUUUUCUUAGGUCUUUGUCUAUCAAUGUGUGCAGCAGUCGAAAUCAUGACCCAGGUGGUCGAUGCUCCGGGCUAUUCCUAUCGCUGAUCGAGAUGAAAGUGAAACGCGUGAAAUACGGUGGCCCGCGGUUGGCUGCUACUGCUCCUCCACGUCCACAUUGUGCUAGGUUUCAAUGCCUUGUUCCCCGGGCGCAGGACCAAGGCUUCUUGCCUGGUGUGGCUACAAGAAAUCAGCGACAGCAUCUCGAGUUCUUUCUCUGUUUUGGUUGCUACGAGGGCGGGGGGACUUUUCCUCAUGAUAACUCCGAGACCCCGACUCAUGCCAUCGACCGGAACAGCAGUUCUCAUCAGGACAAGGACGCCGCAGCAACCCGCCAAGAGGACGUCGCAGACCGAAAGGUGGUGCAAGAUCUGACGAAAAAGCAGAAAGCGCCCGGCGUUGCAGCGAUGGACUCCCGUGCAAAAUUGUUGGCAGGGAGCGAAGUCCGUGACUCCGCGUCUCCACCGGUAACUGCUUCUAGCUCUGUCAAUCUGCGCGAGUCCGAGACGUCGAUCUCUACCGAUAAAAGCAAAGGGUCCCACUCGACGAUUGGCGUUGAUGGUGUUGUUUCUGUCGUGAACCGUUUCCCGACGAUGGUGGACUUGAGCGAGAGCAAGGUCACAGAGGAGACGGGGACCACGCACGAGAAAAUAUGAAAUAAAAGUUCGGCCGCCAUAAUACUGCAAGAGAUGAUUGAAGCCGUUGCCAUUUGUUUUUUCGUAAACAUGGUAUUCCAUCUGUCACAAAGAACAGACACCACUACUGGCGGCCGAGAGGUUUUUAUUUUUCAUAGACGGCGCGAUCGUACUACAGUGCGCUGCAUCGGGCCGGACCUCGGGCCACUCUGCACUUUGUGCCAACUGACGUGACUGCAGCAAUCGUGACCUGCGGUGGGCUGUGUCCAGGAUUGAACGCGGUAAUUCACCAUAUUGUCCAAACUCUGUGGCACAACUACGGUGUGCGCCAGAUCAUGGGAGUUCGCGGCGGCUAUCAUGGCAUGAGUCGGUUCGGUGACAGCGAUGAUUUCUACUCCGAACUCUUCUCUUGCGAAGACCGCGACUUCGCCAGCGCGCGCGAAACGAAGAAAGCGGAGGAAGAAACUGUCGAGCAGGAUGAAUCUGCUCCAACCGACUCUGCUCCAUCAGCAGCGUCGGUGAAGAAGAAGGCUCCACUAGCAAAAUCAAAUUCGACGGACUCGAUAAAGUCAAACGCCAAAAAGGAAGAGAUUCGGGAAAGAGUCGCCAGGAAAAAGUCAAGCAGGCUCCCUGAAGAGUUGUCCCAGGGGGCGUUUUUGAGGAAAAGCAACGCCAGCAGUGCUGGUGGUGCGGCGACCCCUCCGGAAGGUCGUGAAACUGAGGCCUCUCCGAACCGGCGUACUUUCAUGACCACUCGAACCACCUCGACAGGCCAACAAUUGAGCCCCCGGGGCGUGAACACCACGCGCGCCGCCAUGCACGGCAACGAGUUUCGCCCUAUUGCGUUAACCCCGGAGUCGAUCGCCGAUAUCCAGCAUCUGGGCGGUACCAUUCUUGGCUCUAGCCGUGGAGGGUUCGACAUUGACGCGAUCAGUAAGUUCAUCCGCAAAAACAAAAUCAACCUGCUUUUCAUCGCGGGCGGAGACGGCACGCACCGUGGCAUUGACAAGAUCGCGAAGUUUUGUAUCGAGCAGAGGGUCAACUGCGCCGUGUGUGGCAUUCCCAAGACCAUUGACAACGACAUCGGGCUGAUCGACCGUUCCUUCGGCUUUUGGACAGCGGUCGAGGAGGCGAAGAAAGCGAUCCAGGCCGCUAAGGUGGAAGCCAGCAGCAACAUGCCGAACGGGAUUGGCAUCGUGAAGCUGAUGGGUCGCAGUGCCGGAUUCUAUGCCAGGGAAAAAAGUUAGCAUAGCCAUAGCAUAUUUGUAUGUAAUGCAAUGAAAGAAAAAAAGUAAAGAAUAAAAAAAUGACAAUCGUCCUAGCUUCUAUAACAUGGUGUUAGUUUAAGCAACGCGAACGCAGGACAGCUUUAUGUUCCUGUGUAUUUGCACUGCAAAUUUGAUAUCUAUGUGUAUGAUAUGAAUGCUAGCUUUUUUCUGUCUGAUAACUUCAUCAGCGUGUUUGCGACCAUUUCGAUGGGAAGUGGCGUGGAUCUGUGUCUCAUCCCCGAGGUAGCGGUCCAGCUCGACGGGGAGAGGGGCUGCCUACCACACCUGCGUCGCGUUCUGGAAAAAAAGGGCCACGCAGUGGUCGUGGUUGCCGAGGGUGCCGGAGAGGAGCUCAUGCAGAGUACGUGCACGGGAGCAACCGACAUAUCGGACGUAAGGGUGUCGCUUCUGUAGAAAAAUCGUACUGAGUCUCAGAAAUUAGUAUGCUGCGUCAAGAACUGCGUGCAAGUGGAACUACAAAUAGUGAACAAUUGCAUGAGCAGCAAAGACAUCACUAUCAGUCGCUUUGUAGUGUCAAGUAUCUGCAAACUCUUUCCUGUGUGUAGAACCUGCAUCGUGCAGUUUGACUGCCAUUCGCAUUGGCGCUUAGACUGUGAUUGUGGGUUUUAGUGCACGAGCAUGGCGCAAAAAAAAGAUGGCGUUUCCAACACCUAUCUUGUUCUACUUCUUCCGAAAAGGGUGUAGUACAAUCUCAGUGUCAUAAAUUUAUGUAUGAUAGAGUAUGAUGUAUGUCAUAUAGAGCCAGAGGUUCAUUAUUUUGACUUUCGAAAUCGAACUGGCACUGCACGUUCGUGCACACAACAAGAGAUGGUGCGGACGCGCGCACAAGCGACACUCUUUCCCAGUACAAAAGAAGUCGGGAAACAAAGUCCUUCCCAAAAUUGGGGAAUUUAUGACGGCGCGCAUCAAGGAGUACUUUUCGUCGACAAGCAGCACGGACGCACUUGGAAACGCGGUGCCCCCGAAAGAGGUCACGAUCAAAUACAUUGACCCGUCCUACAUGAUUCGCUCUGUGGGCCCCAACGUGUUGGAUUCCUACGACUGUAUGGUUUUGUCUUCAGGAGCGGUGCACGGUGCCAUGGCGGGCAUCACCGGCUUCUCGGUCGGGAUGGUCAACAACCACAGCUGCCUGAUCCCGAUCCCCCUGCUAGAAAAGCUGUCUCCCCGUACGCUCAACGCAAAGGGCCGCACCUGGGAGCGCGUGCUCGCAAUCACGCAGCAGCCGUAGUAGUUUUCUUCCGCAAACAUCAACCUAUGGAAGUCGAUGAAGCGAAGUGGUGCACAAAGCGGUGGACACACAUGUAGUGAUGUGUGACUACUUCUACUUGAGCGAAAAAUAAAUAGGUGUCCCAACAUACACGAUAUUCGCUUUCUUACUCAAGAACAUCCGUCGCAACCUGAUGAUUACUCGAGAAUUCCUCAGCUGCGAGAUAAAAAAUGGAAAAAAGGAAUGAUCAGAACAACAACGCAUGACUUCGCUUACCUUUGCCUUUAGGGUUACUGCAACAGUAGAAACCCCGCCAGAAAAACCUGCGCUGGCAACUCUACAGCAUCCACUACUCGUCUUGUUAAGUGCCCGCACUCCUUCACUUUCACCUGAACAACCUGUAGCACCUCCUGCUCCUACACCUACUUCUACAAACUGUGAUGAUUACUAACUUGCAUUUGGUGAUCAAAAUUUUAGCUGCCGUUCUAAUCUAAUCAAAAUCACCUCCCAUCGAUAUCGGAAAAAAUGCAGUUCUCUUUGCAGUCCCACAUGUUCCGACCCAGCGAUGGACAUUAACAUCGUUUUUUCAUGGAUUGUCUCAGGGGCUGGAGUUCUAUUUCACGCAUGUUCCUAAAAGGCUCCGCGAGUAUGCAUCAAUACUUGUCCUUGUGCUUUCGUUGUUAUUCGAGUCAAG